AUGUCGAUUUUUACAACGUUAGGAAUGUUUAUAGUUGAUGAGAAUCGAUACGUCGACAGUAACAGCAAUCCCCUACCACCGCCACCUUCUUCAUCAUCCUCGUCUUUACAACAAACAAACAUUAUUGGUGGGGCUGGAACAUAUGCUAUAAUGGGAGCAAGAAUAAUAUGUGAUGGUCGUCAAGAUUUAGUCGAUCAAAUAUCAGGAAUCAUUGAUAUGGGUUCUGAUUUCCCCUUUGAAAUUAAACAAGAAUUGAAUACUUGGAAAACUAGAGGUGUAAUAUAUCGAGAGAAUCCUCGUCGAUUGACUACUCGUGGUGUCAAUAUUUAUCAAUACACAGAUAGUAAUACUAAAAGUUCUAAAGGAUCAAUUGAUAAUGAACUAGAGCAAGAUGCAAUUAGAUAUUUCGAAUAUGUUACACCAAAACUAAGAAUUGAAAUCAAUGAUAUCUUGAAAUAUCCAAAUUUGAAACAAAGUUCAAAUUUUCAUUUAAUUUGUUCAAUCAAACGAUGUAAAUUAUUGAUUGAUUCAAUUAAUCAAUUUAACCCAACAGCCAAGUUUAUUUAUGAACCACUACCUGAUGAUUGUAUUUUUGAAAAUUUGGAAUUUUUACAAAAUGAAAUAUUACCGAAAAUUCAUGUUUUCACACCUAAUUUGAAUGAAGCAAAAUUAUUACUAGGAUUAACUGAUAAUAAAGACGAAACAAGUAACAAUGAUGACAAUGAAGAUUUACAAGAAAUAUCUCAACAAUUUACAAACCAUUUACAGUUAUCGAAUUCAGGUACAGCAUUACGAUGUGGAGCUCAAGGUUGUUAUAUAAAUACUAAAUCCGGAGACAAAUUUCAAUUACCAGCAUAUCACCAGGAUCAAAAUAAGGUGGUCGAUGUUACUGGUGGUGGAAAUUCAUUUUGUGGAGGGUUUAUGAUGGCGUAUCAUUUAAGUGAUGGUGAUUGGUUAACCAGCGGAGUUGCAGGAAUCAUUAGUAGUGGAUGUAUAAUUGAAAAAUUGGGUAUGCCAACAGUUACUGAUAAUAGUAAAUUUAAUAACAAAUCAUUAAAAGAUAGACUAGAUACAUAUUUGAAUGAGAAUCCAACAUUAAAAGUUAAUUUUAAAUGGAUUUAA